UGUCGUUAAGCUAACGAUGUCGUUAAAGUGUCGUUAGCCAGUCGUUAAAUUUAACAUAAUCGUUAAGUGUUGUUCAAAAAUUUUAACGCUUAACGCAGUCGUUAAAUCUGUGUUAAACUUAAUCACUUGACAUACCUCGAUUAAACCCCUAACGCAGCGUUAAAGAUGGCAGCCUUAGAUUUAGCCUUGUUUCAUGUACCAAUUCAAAGAAAAGAAAGAACUUUUAGAAGCAAAGAAGAACUUACCCUAGACUACACUGAUACAGAACUUAGAGCACGCUACAGAUUUGGGAGGGAAGGCAUUUUAUUCUUAUCUGAUCUAGUAAGGGACAGCUUGACACGUCAGACAAACCGGAAUCAUGCCCUCAGUGUAGAACAACAGAUAAUGGUGACGUUGAGAUUUCUUGCCAGUGGAAGUUUCCUCCAGGUCAUAGGUGACACAUUAGGUUUGGACAAAAGCACAGUUUCAAGAGUGGUCGAUUCUGUUUUAGAUGCCCUUUGUGAAAAGAGGAACGAGUUCAUUCAGUGGCCUACUAAUCUUAACCAAACCAAAGCUGAAUUUUACGAGUUUGCUGGGUUUCCAAACAUUUUGGGUGCUAUUGAUGGGACACAUAUAAGAAUAAAGAGACCGCAUCAUGACGAACCUUCAUUUAUCAACAGAAAAGGCUACCCAAGCCUGAAUGUUCAAGCAGUUUGUGAUGCAAAGGGUAGAUUUACAAACAUAAAUGCAAAUUGGCCAGGUUGUUGUCAUGAUUCACAUGUUUUCAGAACAUCACAGGUGAGUGUAAAUGGUUGA